AAAACCUAAAACCUCAAACCAUUAUCUGAUAGAUGAAAAGAAAAACCUCCCCCACUCUCUCUUGAAUUCCCUUUCUCUCUUUAGAAUCCUAGAAGAAGAAGAGGAAGAUGUUUUAUUCGCAGACGUUCUUAGCAAGGAAGGGUCCUUUAGGGACUGUUUGGUGCGCUGCUCAUCUUCAACACAGGCUCAAGAAAUCUCACUAUACCUCCACUGAUAUCCCCUCCACUGUCGAUCGAAUUAUGUUCCCGGAAGUUCCGAUUGCGUUGAGAAUGUCAGGCCACCUUUUGCUAGGUGUUGUUCGGAUAUAUAAAAAGAAAGUUGAUUACCUUUUCCAAGAUUGUACCGUUGCUCUUGCUGGGCUAAACAAGGCUUUCACAACUACAGAAGUUAAUUUGCCAGAGAACGCCACAACAGCAACAUUCGAGUCUAUCACUUUGCCACCAACCCUCAACCUUGAUGGCUUUGACAUGAGUGAUUACUUAGAUCCUGAAGGGUCCCCGGAUAAUCAUCUCAAGAGUUACGAGGAAAUCACAAUGACAGAUCAAAUUUCUCCUUACAUCACCAUACAUGUCGAUGAGGAUAAUAUCUGUCCAUCAGUUCCAGAACAGGAUCCUAGUUCAGAGGCUAGACCAGUGGAUGAUAUCCAUCCACCACCUCCAGGCGAUGGUGACUUGCCUUCUCAAGAUACAGGUCAAAGGACUCAGACAGUUGUGAAUAACGAGACUGGACCUGGUGCAAGUAAUCAGACAGAUGUGCUUGUGGAUGAUAUGGAUUUUCAUGAUCCUGGUCAAAGUAAUCAACCAGAAGACCCAAUGGAUACUGAGGAUUUUCGAGAUCCUGCUCCAAGUAAUCAGACAGAAGUUCUAAUGCACACUGGGGAUUUUCAGGAUCCUGGUCCAAGUAAUCAGACAUCAGUACCUACUGAGAGUCUUAACCAAAGUCUUAGAGGGGAAAAUUCCCCUCCAGAAAUUGAAGUUAUGCGUGAUGCUGCCACUGAUUUGGGCUCAGAAAGCUUUCCUCCAUUGAGUCCAACUAGAAGGGUUGAUGCAGCUGAACCAAGUAGAUCUUUAGACGAAGUUCUAAAUGAGAAGGAUUUCCUUUCUCCAAUAAUGGAAGAUGCUUUACCUUCUCUAGAGAAGUCUUUACCAUUUCAGCAGCAUUCAAAAGCACCUACUUCUGCUGCUUCACAAGAUAUUCCUGAUGUUUUUGACACACAUGGUUCAUUUGGGAAUAUAUCACCACAAUUUGCCAUUCGUUCAACUCCACCUGCUCAGCAGCCACAACCAGGGCCUCCACCUGCUCAGCAGCCACGGCCAAGGAGGAGGAGGAGGAGGAUGCAAUUUGAUGAGGCCACAGUGUUGACUAAUAGGUUUAUGAGGAGGGCACUUGAGGAUCCUAGUGAUCUGAUGCGACAGAAGAGGACGAGGCCAUCCUCUAUGGUGGGUAUAUGGAGGUUGACCAAUAGUCUGAGAAAGGAACAAAUCUUUUAUGAGCCUUUGAUAACUGGGUCUUGUGAAGAUUUAUGCAAGCUUUCUGAGAGGGAUUAUAUUACUACAAAACCUCAUUUGACUCUUGAACAGGGAGCUAUUUCAGAGCAUGGGGUUACAACAUCUCCUGGCCCUGAAACUGAAGCCAUCCCUGAGCCUAGGAUGGCAAGCUCUCCUGCUCCCACAGCUGAACCCAUCUCAGAGCCUAUGAUUGCACAAUCUCCUGUUCCAGGACGUCAAUCUGGCAUGGAAAAGGAGCGACCCCAACAGGAUCUAGGCUGUUAUGACCACAGUGUUUUACCUGAAAUCGAUAUGGAAAUCGAACGACUUCGAAAUGAUGGAGAUCAUGAUGGCAAUGACUUUUUAUCAGACCUGCCUUCUCCAGCAAUGCCCAUGCCUUCUCCAGGAAGAUUCAUGCCUUCUUCUCUUAGAAGAGAUGACUUCACUCCCAUGCCAAUAAGCAGCUUUGGAUCAGGAACAGUACCCCAGGAAGGAACAUCUACAACUGUGCACACUCCAGAAUUUUCAGCUUCCCCUGGAACUUAUCAGUUAGGUGAACAGAACACUGGGCUCUCUGAUAUUCCUGAAUUGAUGAAGACUGCAGAAGAUGAUGGCCUUGCUAAAAUACUAGAAGCAGACAACACACCAGUUGGAUCCUUGGGUACUCGAGACAUUGAUUCAUUGUCUGUGAGGACAAGGGGUGUGGCUAAAUAUUUAAAAGAACAUUCUCCUAUUAUCCCAUUGUCAGAAGAGUCAUCUGGAGAUAUCAGUCUCACCAGUAUCUUACAAGGAAAAACGAGAAAGUUAUGUGCUCGGAUGUUCUUUGAAACAAUGGUUUUGAAGAGCUAUGGGCUUAUUGAUGUUCAACAGGAGGAACCUUAUGGUGACAUUGCUUUGAAGUUGACUUCAACGCUAUCAAAGGCCCAAUUAUGAAGUUAUAGAAGCUAUUUAAAGUGCCUUGCAGGCCUUAUGUAUAG